AUGACUACUUCGCUUCUGCUUAUACUCUUGGCAACGUCGCCGUUCGCGACCUCUUCUGAAUGCAACGCGCACUUCGAUGGCGAUGGGAUCGAGUGGGACGGGCCCGAGGUUUGCGCCGCCUCGCAAUCCAGAUUCUUACAGACCACCGACUUCAUCAAGGCAGUACCGGCGACGAUCCAAGUUGAGAUGCUCUACAACGCUACUGGUUCGGACACCACAGAAAUCGACUUGCUCCUGACGAACACCGGAUCGGGUGUUGAAGUUGUUGAGUUCAUCGACCUCGGCCGAGAUCUUAACGUGAUGGAGUUACAGCAGUCAACCUCGGCUGUUCCUGAAGUUUGCUGGCUCUCUCACUACGGAAUCGCUGAGCUCUCUCACUUCGUCAGGGCCAAGACCGAGAUGGCUCAAGUUCCCGACGCAUCAUUUUAG